UACAAAAUGUUGUAUGUAUAAAAUAAGUAUUUUCAGUAACAAUUUUCAAAGUGCGGGUAUUUCGACAUUCAACUUCAGUUCAUUUUCAUAAACUACCUUGAGUAAUUUUACCAUUCUCGUCCAUUGAAGUGUUUCGCCUAUUGUCAUUAUUGGAUAUAAAAAAGAAAAAUCGUAAGAAUGCAUCAGCCGGAGUGGGAGAGGACCAAAUCCUAUUUAAUUAGAAGCUUAUUUCCAGAUUUACCACCUCUUUCUCCGAUACCAGAGGAAGAUUCGCCAUCGCAGAUUUCAACCAGGCCUUACAGUCCGUUGCCAGACUUGAUCAUAGAGAGAAUUGCGCCUGUUAACAAACAUGACGAGCCCGAGGAAUUCUAUCAAGAAUUGGAUAAGAAGAUGAAGAAAUUGUACAGAAAACUUUUUCUUGAUGAUGAUGGGAGUACUCUAGAUGAAGUUGACGACUUGAGAUGGUAUUACGGGUCAGUCGAUGAUGAAGACACGACUAAUUCUCUUAUGGAAGUUGAUCAGAACCAAAAUUAUGUUAGCGUCCAUGACACUGCGAGCAUUGAUCUUGAUUACAGAGGUAAUACUGCGAAAGAUCGUUCAAAAAUACAUGGUGAAUUUGUCCCAGAGAUUUAUACUAAAAUUAGAGAUGAUGGGGAGGAUAUCGAUUCAGCUACGUUUAUUUUGGACAAAGUAGCUCAAUAUACUACCGAACCGGAUCCAGAUUAUGUUGAAGUGUAUGAUCCUAACGGACAUCGGGACUCGUCGUCUCAAGGGACUAGUCAAAUAAUAACUUGCCAAGCGCAAAUACACAGAGUAGAGGAUAAUAUCAUUCAAGAUGAAGAAGAAAUCAGUCUGAAUCAAUAUGAAGGGGAAGAAAGUGUUCAAAAUGACGUGGAAAGUCUUCAAGACGAUGAAGAAAAUAAUGAAGAUGUUGAAGAACAAAGUCAUCAAGACAGCGAAGAAAGAAGUGUUGUAGAAGAGGAAUCUCAAAGUUAUAUUUGGCAAACAGUAGAAAGCAGGACUGUAACUAAACGAGGGGAGUUUAUUGAUAUAGAAAUAUCCGCAUUAGCGAAGGGUGAUUCCGGCGAGAGUGGACACAGCAAAGAUUCCACUCCAGAAGUCAUCACUCUGGACUCCGAGAGCGGUUCCUGCGACACAUUGGAAAUGAUAAGACAUUACAACAUCCGGCGCCACUCCAUGGGCUCCAUCCGUCUGUCUGGGCCCUUUGGACGCCAGUCCAGUCCCUUCGACCUCACGUUCACACGCAGCAGGUCUUUAGACCCCGAAAUCGAUGUCUGUCGUCAUUCUGAUCUUAAAAAUACAGAAGAUAUAAACGCUUCUUGGAUAUCACAUGAUUCUAAUGGGCAUAGCGCUGAAGGAAUCGAGUUAUCAACCGAAACUAAUGACUCGAGUGGCGAAAAAAUAGCAAGUGGCAUUGCCGCGUCGACUCCUAUGUCUACACAGUGGAACGCGACUAAUUCGGGGAGUUCGACCAGCGUUGUCGACGAAUUAAAUACUGCAAGGAUUUCGACAAGUUUCUCUUGGUCCAAUGAAGAGAACGAAUUCGGUGAAGUCUUUUCAGCUGAAGUUUCUUCCUUUCCUGGCAAAGGGGUUAAGAGGAAACACAGUGCAGUGGAAAGUGGGAGGCAGAAAAUAAUGAGGGUUGAAAUGGCGCAGCCGUCGCGGGAAAUAUCUUGGGACGAGAUAAAGAAUAAUUUUUUUGUUGGAAAUCCAACCGUUUAUAGAGUGUGUUCGUGUCCCGAUCACACUUGCAAUUGAUUAACGACUAUUACGGAAAUAAUAAACGGUGUUAUUGUUUUUUGGUGAAUUAUUAUAAAUAAUUGUAUUAUUUUAGAAAAGUUAUUUUUGUAUAUUGUUAAUUAUUAUUAAACAUAAUAUAGUGAAAUAUAAUUAUUUUUGUUUUGUUGCAUUUAAAUCAACAUUUUCGGGGUUUUCAUUCACUACGCGGAUUCACGACACGAUUCUGCGGUGAAGUUUGUUGCGCCGCUUCUUCUUCACCUGCGCUUUGGAAGCCAAGCAGUAGACUUAGUUAAAAUUUUUUUUUUGACGUCAAUAAGUGAUGUAUAUCUACUUACUGUAAUAUACUUACUGUAUUAAAUUUAGUUUUGAUUUUUUGUCUUGUCUAAAUAAACCUAAUAGUUUGCAAAUAAAAUUUCUCCUUUUCAUUUUCUUCAACCGUGAAGCGUCGGAGCCCUGGUUUAAUUUUUAAAACGAAAUAUUUAUGUUAUUUUUUUUUCCUUCAUGGGAUAAGUUGCCAUUCCGUUUUAUCUUUAAUUUCUGUUACUUCAUUUUUGUGUUUUGCCGUAUGUAAUAAAGUUAUUGCAAAUAAACAAAUC